AAACACGAACAAGCAAAACAACGCGAUGCUUUUCAAGCAUGGCGGCUGUCGAGAAGCCAGCGGCGGCUGCUCCGUGCCCGCAAGUUGGCGUAAAGGACGUAAUCGAGAAUUCGCAGAAUGGAAAGGAAAAUCCGAAUGAGAACCCCAGGGAGAGUCUUCUGGAGAAGCUCCGUGCCAAGGCCAAACACUACAAGCCAUGGGGAGACAUGGCCAAGGCGCUCCGCAUGGCUAUCAUGGAAAAACACCACUUGGUGGACAGUGCCGAGCGCAGCCAGCUUCAGAAGUGCCUUGACACGAUCCAGAAGUCCAUCAAAGUGACAUCGAUGCAGUCCAUGAUAGAGAGGCUGGACACCAUCACGCGACAACAGGGCCUCAUGUUCACAACGGGUCCUGGAGGCCAGGAGUGCUUCAUCAGCUCGGACAUGUUCUAUGUGGAAGUCCUACUGGAGGCCAGUGGAACGGUGAACGACGUCAAGAUUUCCCAUCACGGAGAUCCCCUUAGCUGUCCUGAACUGACGCAGGUGCUGAUGCGGGGAGACUUCGCAGAGUUCACCAAACACCUCGAAGGGCUGGCAUCAAUCUAUCAGCUGAAUGCAGACAAAAAACAGAAGACCAAGGCAUACCUGGCUCUUCAGGCCCUGGAGACCGACUUGAGUAUCUUGUCCCAGCUGCAGAGCUUCAUGAAUGAGCCGAGCAACCUUGUUCACAAGUCUCCAGUUGGCAUUUUACAACCGCGCAAGGGAGGACACCCCAUGAAGCUCACAUUCUUUAUCUCACCCUACGACUUACUCGAUGUGGACAGCAAGUCUUCCAUCCCGCUCACUGUCGAAGCCAUCCUAGAGAAGGGUCUUGGUCACUCUGUGUCUGUCUGCAUUGAAAGCUCAGGUUCACACAAGCUCCAAACAACAUCACUCAUCAGCGUCACCAACACCCCUGAGGGUAAAAACCUGCCAUCAUUUGCUGCCCUGAGCAACCUCAACAGCACAAUGCUACCAGCAAGCUUUGUGCUCAAGCUGCCCAAGCCCAUUCCCAUGGCUGUGGCAUUGGUUCGCAAGAUACAUGCUGUCACAUUGAUCGAGUGUGCCGACACCAGCACUACACAACCUCUCCUGUCCCUCAUUAUCAACCAGGCAUCAGAGGGGAAGCUCACUGCUUCGAGUGAUCGUGGCCUGAAUGUGACACUGCCAGAUCAGCAGCACUGCUACUAUCUGCUGUCGGGCAGCCCCGAACUGCCAGGAGUCAUGGUGUCUGGUGUGCCCUUCACCCAUCCUACGCACGUGCCACAGAUCUUGGUGUUCCUGCGGCAGCAGCUGUUGUUCAACACAUUGGUGGCCAGCUGUGUGCGCCCCUCCAGCCGACAAAGUGCCGAGAUGUCACACAUGUUCGAGGUGAACACCACAUCUAUAUCAAACAUAAGCAUCUCCUUCGAGCACCCGCUGGAUGAAUCUCUGGCCACAGUUGACCUAAACCUUAGUGAGAUCACCAGCGUCAAGUGCCGCAUCUACACUCUCAACAGUGACAUUAGCAUCUGCACUGAUGAAUAUGCCAGCAAAGUUAUGCAGCGGUGCCUGUCUAUCCCAGUAACCAUGCGAGCUGUGAUACGAAAGGCACAGGGUCAGCGAGCACGCAUGUCCAGCCAAGGAGAUUCGUACUGCAGUGCACUCAACAGCAGUGGGAACGCAUACCUGACUGGUCUGCCUGGCUAUGGUCCCAACCCAGCAACUGGCUCAUUCGGCGACUUCACACCAGCCUGGCAAGGCCGAUGGCUAUCGGGAAUCCAAGAGGAGCCAGGCACUCUCGGUUCGCUUCUGGGAGGACCGCUGCCAUCACAGAGUCCCAACAUGAUGUUGAUGAGCAUGCUGAGUGACGUGCCCUCGGCAAGCAACUCGCCCGCCGCACCAGGGUUUCCUUUUUUAGGCCAGGCCAAGCCUCGAAACAAGCGCAAGAGAAAAGCGACGACUUCGUCGGAUGGCCGCAGCCCCAAGCGCAGAGAAGAUGAUGGCGGUGGGACUGACCCAGAAGAGGAGCCUUUUUUAGAGUCUGAAGCGGGGCAGAACAAGGCGGCGCUUCUGAACCCCGCUGAGCCGGCUGGCGCCACCGCGGAAACUGCCACUGACAGCAAUGCCAGCUUCCUCCGGGAAGGAGGAGGAGGCGCACUUUUUUCUGAGGAAGGCACAGAUCCGGGGGAAGCGAACCGGCCUCCUGGCCGGAAGGUCAAGCGUGUUCGCAGCGAAGAGGCUCGGGAAGACAUCAAACUCGAGAGGGAGGGCUCUCGGUCCCAGGACAGCGGUCCAAAAAACUUGCUUCCCGGUGGGGACUCCGAUAAGCUGUCCCGCUCGGCGUCACCACCGGUCAGCUUCAAAAUCGAAAAAUCAGGGGACAGUUUGAAGAUUUCCAAGACGGAAAGCAAGUCGGGUUCCAAGCCCCGCGAUUCAUCAGAGCUACGAAAGAAGAUGGACAACAGAAAGGAACGCAAAAGAAAAAGAGCAGAGAGUGUCGAUUCAGGCUGUCGUGAGCCAGCCGUGGCUGUGUCUCCAGAGCCAACAGAAAUGUCCCAGCAGGCUUUCAACCUAAGCACAAAGCCACAUGGCUCCAUGAGUCCGUCAACAUCCCGCCCUCCUCUGAAGAAGUCCACGAGUUCUUUUGUUAGCAAUGGAAAGAAACUUUCAAAGCCACUCCAGCCUGGACCUUCAAGCUGUUCAAGAAGCAGCGCAGAGACCGACAACCGACCCUCUGUGAAGUCUCCCCAGAAGAGCAGCCCCAGCAAGCCAGUGUCUUCUUUGUCAGGGAGCACGUACGUACCUAGUAGCAGCCCUGUGACAAAGCAGCCUCCAUCAUCACCGACAGGGACACUGAAGUUGAAGCACCUCAAUUUGCCUUCGUCAACCACAAUCACACCAGUCGUGGCUAAACCUGCUUUGCCAUCACCGACAUCCACAGCAGCUCCCAGUAUUACAAUAGUGCCCACUACAUCUGUAGCUGGUGGCUCUAACAACCUAAACAAACCUCCAAAGUCACGCAAGGGUUGUUUAAAUGCGGUGAUUGCCAAGCUGACCAAUACGAUGGCAUCACCGCUCGUUGGGCCGGCAGCUUCCGAACUUUCGGGUGGUAGGCCAGAUGUAACUCUGAAGACAUGCGAGAAGAGAGACAGUCCAACAUUAGGCAAAGAGGUAAAAGAAGGGAGGACGCCAGUCACUGAAGGUAGUGCAAUAAAGGAGGGUUCAGGUAUCAAGCUCACAGUCACCAAAACAUCUGGCAUAUAUAAGUGCUCAUCAGGAAAGGCCAAAAUGGGUGCAUCAUCAUCCAAGGGAAGCCUCUCAAGUGGGGCGAAAGUUAAAAGCUCUCAGAAGUUGAGUGGCUUGCCCGUUGGGGCACCAGCCAAGAAACUUCCCACCAAGAGCCCCGCAAAACUCAGUCCAAGCCAGGGGUUCAGCCCGUGCGACAGUGCACUUCCGACAUUAGUGCCUCGAGUAGCCCAUAACAAUGCAGGCUCUCUGAAAAACUCACCCAAACUGGCUGCAACUAGCAAGGCAGGUGCACGGCCUGAGAAGAAACCCAAUGAAUCCACCAAGCCUAUUGCCGAGAAGGAAACCACCAACUUGAUGCCACCGCCACUGCAUUCUAGAACUGGACCCAAGAGUGGCGAAGGUGGCCAGCCUCCGCCCGAUGAGGCUGCCUUGCGAAUGCUCCUCGGUCCUGGGGAAGGUCCAGAUGAUGAUCAGUGGCGGGCGCUCAAGGGGGAUGUGGGUAGUGAAGAGCAUCUGGCGACCAAGCUUGAAAACGGACCAGAAGUUGGACCUGUGGCACUAACAGUACCACGGGUACCUUCUGAAGUUCGUACCUCCGAAGACAAAGGACCCAGUACAGCAGCUGCCCUUCCAGUUCCCUUAACCAAAGCAGCACCCCCGGCUGCUGCCACUGCUGGUGAAGAUGAUAGUAGCCCUGAGGAUGGCCUCGUCAUCGAUUUUGCAAUGGACAGCAAGAAGGCGCCUCCCGUAUGUCACAGCUCCCCGAGGCCGCCAGAGCCUGUGGUGGCCCCUGAACUGUCAGCGAGGGCGUCACCAGCGCUCAGUCUCAGUGCCAAGUCGCCAUACUUUGUGCCGUCUCCAUCACUAAAAUCUCCACAGGCGGGGAGCCCACCCUCCAACCAUUCGGUAUCAAGCUCACUUUCUAGACCCUCACCAUGUGUCAUUGACGACGACCUCAUGGACGAAGCAAUUGUGGGACUCGGGAAGUGAUGAGCCUAGCUGUAGUGCAAGUGCGCAUGUAGAACGCUUGUGAGGUAGCUGUGCUCCUGGACAAUGCUGAUGGAUUAGCAUGUGCCUUCGUGCAUUGUGCAGCUAGUUGCUGUCACAGACUCGUGCAGUGUUAAUCGUAGCUACUACAAUUGGAGAAGCCAUCCCAAGGCUACCUCCGGCAGCACAGUUGGACUUAUUUGACUGCCCUGUAGAUAUUGUACAUAUAACUUUUUGGAAACUGUGUAUAUAAAGUGUUUGUGUAACCAUCACAAUUUUAACUUACCUCGAACCAGGACAGUGUUGGACAAAUUACGUGGGUGCAAAUACAUGCAUACUGCAUGAAGCAGAAAAAAAAAUGCUUACUGCCUUUUACUAGUACAGAACAAUUACUGCUGCUGCACAGUUACUCUUGUGUCAUCUUUGUUGACUUGUGCUGUAAAUAGUUGUCCAUCUUGAAGAAGGACAGCAGGGUUUUGUUCACAACACCUUCAGCUGAAGGCAGUAUGUGGACAAGUAGCAUCAGUUUGUUUUCAUUGGCAGUAUUUAUUGUGGAAUCAUUGUAUUUCACCUUAUGGCGCAAGUGCUCAGUCUUCAGGGUGCUGUAUGGAUAAGUCUUCAAUGUAUAUGGCAUGCUUGCAUUGGCACUUGUUGCUGGCACCACUAACUUGAGCUCUUUAACUGCCUUUCUAGAGGACACAUCUAUCAUUCUGCCAUUACUCCCGAGGUGUAAAGAGCGCAUCAUACGGAUAGCAAGCACGAAUUGGUCUAGGCGAACGUUUCGUGACAUGGUCACUAUUGGGUGAGCUGGCAUGAUAAGUACGACCGACAAAUAAAGGACAAAUACCAAAUGUCAUAAAAGUAGUCUGUUCCAGAUAUUGUCAACUGGUUGCUGAUGACACAUAAUCCACAUUGUUCUGCGUAGGAGUGGGGUAUUUUCUCUGGGAUGUUUGGCAUGACGUAGGGGCUCUCACCCCCUCCUCUCCCCAUUUACAAUGCACAAGCUCAGUGUGACUAUUCAUCAAAUUUUACAUUGAGGCAGUUGCAGUUGCCUUUCCUGAUUUUUUUUUUUUUCCGAAAGUUUGUUGCUAUUGGUCAUGGCAGCUUAGAGCCAUGCUGUUGCAUCGGUGGUUACUGAUGUGGGCAUUCCAUUGAGCUAGGGCACACCAUUUACUGCUUUAGAUUGAAGACAGCUACUGGUGCUGCCGCAGCAGCGGAGGCUACAUCUGGAGUAAACCUAGCUAGGUGAGUGUUGUACAAGUGCAUGAUUCUGUCUUUACCUUCCUAGAAGUAGCUGGUUGUCCAUUUGUGCAAUGCUUGCUACUAUUUCUGCAGUGCAGUUGCAACACAGAGAGGCUAAAACUACAUAGAGCACAAAACAUUUGCUGCAAGUGAAAGCAUUACAGAUGUCGUAGCAUGGUUUAUUGAUUUGUGCCUUGGAUGGGGACUGCUGCAGCUGUUAUCAGUGCACCAGUCGUGAUGAAAUUGACAUAAUUAGUAUGGGCAUAUUUAUAUACAAAUGCUUGGUAUAAUAAUUAUGGCAUAAUUAUUACCUGUAAUAUUUAUUUGCAACUGACAUGCACUGCUAUGGAGGCAUGACGAUGGCUACAUACUUGCUGCCAAGUGCAGUCAGACUUCCACAACAGGCCACAGGUGCCAUGGCUAAGAGAUACAGACACUGAGUUUGAUAUAGGACACCUUGUGGAUAAACAAGGGGUGUCACAUUUUGAUUGUUAUGAAAAUCAUAUAAGUAUUAUCUGGCAGGUAUUUUACAUACAUCCUCUCUAGGAAAUCCAACAGUGGGUGAUGUGGGCAUGUAUAUUUUUAUUAGCUACCCGAGACAUCGACUACACAUUGGGUUAGUUGUUUCUUCACAGUGGCCCACUGUGGAGCAAUGAUUUGUUAUGUACCUGCUUAUAUUCAGGUUGAUUGUUGCAAGCAAUGCUGGUACAGCUAACUUGCUGCACAGUGAAUGUAUUGAUUGAGUAAUAAACUGCAGCUUGUUUUUUACAGCAA